GAAGGUUAUGUUUCUAAGGGUCAAGAACAUCUAGUGUGUAAACUCAAGAAGUCUAUUUAUGGGCUCAAGCAAGCGUCUCGACAAUGGUACCUCAAAUUUGAUGAAGUCAUGAAAUCAAAUGGCUUCAUUAAAAACAAAGUAGAUCAAUGCACUUAUCUCAAAAUGAGUGGGAGCAAAUUCAUCAUACUUGUGUUAUAUGUUGAUGACAUCUUAUUAGCAAGUAGUGAUCUGGAUUUAUUGCAUGAAACAAAACGCUUAUUAUUUGGCCAUUUUGACAUGAAAGAUUUAGGUGAAGCUUCUUAUGUUAUAGGCAUUGAAAUUCACCGAGAUCGAGUCAAAGGGACGUUAGGUUUGUCUCAAAAGGCAUACAUUGAGCGUAUUUUAGAACGUUUUAACAUGCAACAAUGCUCUCCAUCAGUUGCUCCAGUAGUUAAGGGAGACGUUUUUGGGUCAUUCCAAUGCCCAAAAACCGAGGUUGAGAAAGAGCAAAUGAAACUCAUUCCUUAUGCUUCUGUAGUUGGAAGCCUGAUGUAUGCUCAAGUUUGUACUCGUCCAGAUAUCGCGUAUGUAUCCGGCAUGUUGGGUAGAUAUCAAUCUAACCCAGGAUUAGAUCAUUGGAAAGCCGCUAAGAAAGUUUUGCGGUAUCUUCAAGGAACUAAAGAGUACAAACUUACUUACCAGAGGUCUAAUAAUUUAGAAGUGGUGGGAUAUUCCGAUUCUGACUUUGCUAAGUGCAAAGAUGAUAGGAAGUCUACUUCGGGAUACAUUUUCUUGCUGUCAGGUGGGCCAAUAUCUUGGAAAAGCCACAAGCAAAGACUUACGACUACUUCAACAAUGAUGGUUGAAUAUGUUGCGGUGUACAACGCAACGUGUCAUGGGAUGUUGCUAAGGAAUCUUAUCAAAGGAUUCAAAGUAGUAAAUUCUGUCUCAAGACCGCUAAGGAUUUAUUGUGACAAUUCCGCGGCCGUGAGCUUCUCAAAAAAUAACAGUUCGAGUGGAGCGGGAUUGUUCCUCGAUACAAAGUAUUUGUUCGUUCGAGAAAGAGUGGAGGAAAACGAAAUUUGUAUCGAACACAUCAGCACGAAUAAUAUGCUAGCAGAUCCUCUCACUAAAGGACUUUCGCCCAGUAUUUUUCAAAGACAUGUCACUAAUAUGGGCUUGAUGAAAGAUCUUGUUUAGGAAAUUAUAGCGCAGUGCCUGAAUAACUAUCUUAUGUAUUAAUUUCAAGUACUUGAUUUAAAAUUCCUCCCUAAGUAUGUUUUGUCUAUUCUUCAUUGUGCACACAAAGUUAUUUUAAUAGACAAACAUAAUACCCUAAGUUUAAUGUCAUUUGGCUUAUAUUAAUCCUUAUCCUCUUUAAGAAGUGUCAAAGUAUGAUUAAUGGGGGUCCCGGGUUAUAUUGACCCGUUAGACUGUAUUUGUUUGCUUUGAUAUUAUUAUGGAGUAAGAUGAAUUUUUCUUGGCCAACUAAUACUUUAACUUAUGUAUAAUUGUAUAAAUGAUCUCAAGGUCAAGUGGGAGAAUGUUGGAAAAUAUUCCAUUUAAGUGUCCUUGGACCAUUUAUAUAAUUUAAUAUAAAUUGGGGACAUUUAUGUCUUACCAUUAAGAUUGCCAUAUGACAGAUUUGGUCCCGGUAUUUAUGUACAGUUAACAUAUGAUGGGUAUGUUUUAACAUUAAAUAAUACAUAAGGGGCCAAUGGGGUUUCUCUUUGAUACAAGAUAUAAGGCUCGUUCGUUCCUCUUACGACUAAAACGAAAGAACGUGUUUCUUCCCAAAGGUCAUAACACCUAUAUUAAGAGACCCAAGGGAGAUCGUUCAAUCCAUCGCAAAUCCGCUUGUAUCCUUAGAGAAUCCAACGACAUCAUGGCUUCAUCAUCUUCGUCAUCAAAGUUUGGUUUCUCCUCAACCGGUUAGUGUUCUUAUUGUUUGAUUAUAUGAAUUUUAUCAUGUUUAGUGAGACUAGAUCCUUAAUU